AUGCCAACCAACUUCCUGAGUCUCCCGGAGGAGAUACGAAACAAGAUCUACAGCUAUAUCCUGCUAAGUGAAAGCGUUAUAACACUAGGCCCCAAGCAAUUCUACGAUGAUGAGCCUGACCAAAAAUCAUCUUUCGCACGCCAUUGGAUGUCUAUCGGCCCAUUCUUGUGGAAACUAAUACCCGAGCUCAACAUCUUACAUGUGAACAGAGCAAUCAACAAAGAGGCAAAGUCCUUUUUCUACAGUCAGAAUCUGUUCAAUCUUGCCUUGCACGACUCAUCAAGGGUAUCCCAAAUCUUCGACCAAAUUGGCCCCGAAAGCACAAGUCAGCUGGAGCACUUCUUGAUUCAUUUCCCACACACCUCGGGUACCUCGGGGCAGAAUCUACCAUUUAGGACAGUGGACAUUGCCUUCGAAAUCUUCAAACUGGUGCGAAAACACUGUACAAAUCUGAAGAAAAUCACGACUUUCGUCUAUCGUUUAUCUAACGUGCUUCCACAUUUCCUUUCGCACCAGUCGGGCGAUGCUAUUCGGGAGACGAUGGUCGAGAUUGACGGUCUCUUUCGAUCUAUUCCGUCGCUCCGAGAAAUCGUUGCCAAGGUUUGGAGAUGCAAUCAUGUCAUAAUUUGGUUUAUCUACCCAAAUACCAGCGAAUUAAUGGAGAGGGAAAUGGAGAGACUCGGGUGGAGAGUUGAAGACUUGGAGCUGGAAUGUAAAUGGCCAGAGAGAUAA